GCGGGCGGCGGCGCGGUGACGUCAGACGGCGGCGCGAGCGGCAGAGAGGACGGCGGCCCCGCGCUGAGGAGACGCCAUGAGCAAGGCGCACCCGCCCGAGCUGAAGAAGUUCAUGGACAAGAAGCUGUCACUGAAGUUAAAUGGUGGCCGACACGUCCAGGGGAUAUUGCGAGGGUUUGAUCCCUUCAUGAAUCUAGUCAUAGAUGAGUGUGUGGAGAUGGCACCAGGAGGACAGCAGAACAACAUAGGGAUGGUGGUAAUACGAGGAAACAGCAUCAUUAUGUUAGAAGCCUUGGAACGAGUAUAGAAACCGGAACGAGUAUAGAAACCAGUGAAACCCACUCAGUGACAGUGUGCAACGUGGGAUGAUACCUGUAUGUGCAGCAUGUGGGGCUGCAACGGGACCUAACUCUACUAUUUUGUGUGCUCGCUUGAAUCUUCUACAAUACAUCACUUGUGUAAACUUAUUUUUUGUUAAAUAAAUUUUGUAAGGGUUUAAGUAA